AUGCCGCCCUCUUACUUUUACCACCUGGCCUUUGAAUUGUACCCUCACCCGCCAAAACCCCACGCCGCCGUUGCAGACGUUGAACCGCUCUUCGUUCCGCCGCCUGGCACCGAUAUAUUCGCCAGCGACCUCCCUGUGCACCGCAUUUCCUCCUGGGCGUCGCCGCCCCGCUCGCGCAAGAACGUACGCCGCAGCAAGACGGCCUACAGCGUCGACCUCAGCAACAACCGGCCAGCCGUGACGCAGAGGCCCUCGUACAGCGAACGCAGGAACAGCCAUCUCGACAGCAGCGCCCCCGGUAGCGAGGCGCUUUACCUCCCCCCAAAGAAGCCCGCGGGCAGCACUGCGGCAACAGCGACGAAGGACUGGCGCUUCGACCGCGUGUCGAUCCAGAGCAUCGACAUGGAGGAAGCGCGGGCCGCUCCGAAGGACGACGCUGGAGCUCGCGGCAAGUCCGUGGGCAAUACUGCGCGCGCGGCAGGCUCUGGCCUGGCAACCAAAGGCAAAUUCAUCCCGGCCGACCCGAAGAACACAGAGGUGGGGUGGGGGGUGGUGCACCUGUACCGCGAUGCCCAGGAGACGCCUGGUCUCUACGAUGACACGGCUUCGAGCGCUGGCUCGGACGGUGGCGGGGUGGGAAACGAUGGCGAGAAGCAGACCUUCAACGAAGAGGAUUGCACUACCUUGUGCAUUCUGGCAGUGCCAUCGUACAUGACGCCGUCUGAUUUUCUGGGCUAUGUCGGAGAGCAGACGAGAGAAGACGUCAGUCACUUCAGGCUGAUUAGAACGGGUCGCGCCAAUAAGUACAUGGUUUUGAUGAAGUUCAGGGAAGCUAAGAAGGCUAGGCUAUGGCGGAAGGAGUGGAACGGAAAGCUGUUCAAUAGCAUGGAGCCUGAGAACUGUCAUGUUGUCUUUGUCAAAUCAAUUGAGUUCCAACCAUCUGGAGGAGACAACGACCCUUCAAGCUUCCCUAACAUGAACAAUGACCCCUUCACCCCUUCCGCUAGACCGACCCCAUCGGCACCCAUCCCCGCGGGUUCUUCAUCUGCAGUUGACUCUGGCUCACUAGCGUCAUUGAGCACAAAGCCUCUCCCGCCACCUACCUCAUCGCUGGUGGAGCUACCUACAUGCCCUGUGUGCUUGGAACGCAUGGACGAGACUACUGGACUCCUGACGAUCCUCUGUCAGCACGUCUUCCACUGCGCGUGCCUGGAAAAAUGGCGCGGCAGUGGAUGCCCCGUUUGCCGGUACACGCAAAAUGACUCCCUGAUCGCCCGCGGAUAUGCGUCUGACGGUGAGGGCCCCGAGAACGAGUGCUCGGUGUGCGGCACGUCGUCGAACCUCUGGAUAUGCUUGAUCUGCGGCAACAUCGGCUGCGGGCGGUACGAUUCCGCCCACGCCUUCCAGCACUACGAGGCCACGAGCCACAGCUAUGCCAUGGACAUCGCAACGCAGCAUGUGUGGGACUACGCUGGCGAUGGCUACGUGCACCGGCUCAUCCAGAACAAGGCCGACGGCAAGCUCGUCGACCUGCCCGCCGCGCACGCUAAUUCGCAGCAUCCUAACAACAGUAUGACGGGCAUGGGCGCCGACACGGUGCCGCGCGAGAAGCUGGACAACAUGGGCGCCGAGUACGCGUACCUGCUGACCAGCCAGCUCGACAGCCAGCGACUGUAUUUCGAGGAACAAGUCGAACGCGCGGUCGACAAGGCUGCCAAAGCAUCGGCUGCGGCCGAGGAGGCGGCCGCGGCGGCGACGGCCAUCGCGCAGCAGCUUCGUGAGUUGCAGACGCAGCACAAGGACGCGAAGGCUACUAUUGCUUCGUUGGAGAAGGACGUCCAGCGCCUAACGACACGUGCGACGAAAUCUGAUGAGCUGGCGCGCUCGAUGACGAAGCAGUUUCAGGAGGAGAAGAGCGUCAGCGGGGCGCUGAUGCAGCGAAUCAAACACCUCGAUGCCAAGUUCGCCGAGGUGGAAGAGAGGAACAAGGCCCUCGAGGCGGAGAAGAGGGAUCUCGAGGAGCAGAAUCGGGAUUUGAGCUUCUUCAUCUCCGGGCAAGAGAAGCUCAGAGAGUUGGGUGAAGAAGGCGCUGAAGGGGGGCUGAACGAGGAUGAGGUCAGAGAAGGAAGGGUCGAGGUUGGCGCUACCCCAGAGGAAAGGGGGAAGCGGAGGAAAGGGAAGGGCAGAAAAUGA